GAUUUUCAACAACCUUCCCAUGACGAUAAGCCUUGAUACAACAACAGAAAGUAACGGAUUUAUGUCCCUGUAUAUACUGGAUAUAUCCAAUGGCUGCUCAACUUCUAUCAAUAGUUUUUGUGAUAUUGAAAGCAAUAAACAGAUUCUGAUUGUAGGUGAUGAAAUAAGGGCAAAGAAAAAAGAGCUUAGUGAUGACCAAAUAUUUACAAUAACAGUAACUUGUUAUAACGAUGGUCAAAGUGAAUCUGCAACAUUGACAUUGUAUGUCGGAGUUACACCUUCAACAACAACGCCCACUUCAACAACUGCGCCUACUACUACUUCAACAACAACAACUUCGCCUACUUCUACGUCAACAACAACAACUCCGCCUACUACUACUUCAACAACAACAACUCCGCCUACUACUACUUCAACAACAACAACUCCGCCUACUUCUACUUCAACAACAACAACUCCGCCUACUACAACUUCAACAACGACAACUCCGCCUACUUCAACAACAACAACAACAACUCCACCUACUACUACUUCAACAACAACAACUCCGCCUACUACUACUUCAACAACAACAACAACUCCGCCGACUUCUACUUCAACAACAACAACUCCGCCUACUACAACUUCAACAACAACAACUCCUUCAACAACAACAACUCCGCCUACUACUACUUCAACAACAACAACACCGCCUUCUACUACUACUUCAACAACAACAACAACUCCGCCUACUACAACAACAACUUCGCCUACUACUACUUCAACAACAACAACUCCGCCAACUACUACUACUUCAACAACAACAACUCCGCCUACUUCAACAACAACUUCGCCUACUACUACUUCAACAACAACAACUUCAACACCCACAACUACUUCAACAACAACAACUCCGCCGCCGACUACUUCAACAACAACAACUCCUCCUACUACUACUUCAACAACAACAACUCCGCCGACUUCAACAACAACAACUCCUCCUACUACUACUUCAACAACAACAACUCAGCCGACUUCAACAACAACAACUCCACCCACAACUACUUCAACAACAACAACUCCGCCGCCGACUCCUACUUCAACAACAACAACUCCGCCUACUACUAAUUCAACAACAACAACUCCGCCGCCGACUACUUCAACAACAACAACUCCGCCGACUUCAACAACAACAACUCCACCCACAACUACUUCAACAACAACAACUCCGCCGCCGACUACUACUACUUCAACAACAACAACUCCGCCUACUACUACUUCAACAACAACAACUCCGCCUACUACAACAACAACAACUCUGUCUACUACUUCUUCAACAACAACAACUCCGCCGACUUCAACAACAACUCCACCCACAACUACUUUAACAACAACAACUCCGCCGCCGACUACUACUACUUCAACAACAACAACUUCGCCGACUUCUACGUCAACAACAACAACUCCGCCUACUACUACUUCAACAACAACAACUCAGCCUACUACUACUUCAACAACAACAACUCCGCCUACUACUACUUCAACAACAACAACUCCGCCGCCGCCGACUACUACUUCAACAACAACAACAACAACUCCGCCUACUACUACUUCAACAACAACAACUCCGCCUACUACAACUUCAAGAACAACAACUCCGCCGACUACUACUUCAACAACAACAACUCCGCCGACUUCUACUUCAACAGCGAGAACUCCGCCGACUUCUACUUUAACAUCAACAACCUCGCCUACUUCUUCUUCACCAUUACAAGUAUUGCUCGGUACCGAAGCAGCAUCGAAAUCUGAGGAGUCGUCAGAUUCCAGCAAUAAUCUUGAAAAGUAUGCAGGUUUAAGUGCGAUUCCAUUUGUAUUCGCUGCCGUAGGAAGUCUGAUCUUUUUCUUGAGGAAAAUUAGAGGUUGUAAACCAAAAAUCCAAGCUGCCAGAAAUAGGAGACAAAGUGAUCAGGACUCGGAGAGCGAUUUCAACAUGGUGGACGAUUCUACUCCUGUAGAAAAUAGCCAACCACCACGAUCACAACAAUUCCAUUCUCAUCCCAGCGUACCAGGUGGAAGAUCUCUCACUCCUGUUGAGAGACGAAACAGUUUAUAUUUCGUAUAGAUGCCGGAAAUAAAACAUCACUACACAUGUUGUACAUUUCUAUGUAAAUGACAUUCUACGUGAAAAAAUGGUUGAUGGAAUAUAGCUGUCAACAGGAUUCUACUGUGAGGAAAAACAGAAGGGCCAUGAAAUAUAAUAUUGUAUUCACUAAUUUUGUUUUUAACAUAACUGCUAAAUUAUAAACUGUUAAAUCAUAACUUGUAAAAACAAAAGACAGAAACCAAAUAGCAAACAUUUAUCAUAUACAUGUACAUGUAUAUCUCAUUGACUCAGGAUCAACAAAAUAUUUCCUUUGACUCACCCAGGAUAUCCGA